AUCCCCCUCUCUGGGUAGCUGUUGGCCAGAGCUGGCAGCUGUCUCAGUCCAAUUCUGGCUGGGAAAGAAAAACGGACUUCUGGACCCUCUCCUUUUAUGACAAAAUCACCAAGAGGAGAGCCUUGUGCUGUCAAUUUAUUAACAGACGUGCUGUUACAAGCGCUCUUCCCAGAAGUUGCCGGAGGAGCUCACGGGCUGCGGUUCCCUCUCUCCCAAGUCCAGUGGUCUCCCUGGUCAUGGAUUGCAUCUGUCGGAGCUUUGGCCCUGGUGAGACGGCCCAGGUUAGUCUGUGAACUUAGCUAGGAAACGCCAUUGUAAAAAUGACCGAAGAGCCUGUUAAGGAGACCGUGGGAACCCCAAAGUCCUCCAAGCCAGGGACAAUGGAGAAGAGCCCUAACAGAGAGGUAGUGGUCACCAUGGUUCCCCUGGUCAGUGAGAUUCAGCUGACGGCUGCCACAGGGGGCGCCGAGCUCUCCUGCUACCGCUGCAUCAUCCCCUUCGCCGUGGUGGUCCUCAUCGCCGGGAUUGUGGUCACGGCCGUGGCUUACAGCUUCAAUUCUCAUGGCUCCAUCAUCUCCAUCUUAGGCCUGGUCCUUCUGUCGUCAGGACUUCUUUUGUUAGCCUCCAGCGCCCUGUGCUGGAAGGUGCGACAGAGGAGCAAGAAAGCCAAGAGACGGGAGAGUCAGACGGCUCUCGUGGCAAAUCAGAGAAGCUUGUUUGCUUAGGACUGAAUGAGAUCAAACGGGGUGUGUGGCCUGAAAGGGCUACUCUCACUUGAUCAGCCAGUGUGUCCAGGGCUGGUGUGGCAGAGGAUGGACUUGCAUUGCCACAGACGAGAGGCAUGGGGGUGCCUUGGGGGUGGAGGGGUUCUCGUCUGUGAGCCGUGACUGGUGUCUUCUUUCAUGACAAACUUAAUUCUAAGGGCUAUUUCUAAGACUGAAAAAUCAACUUUUUCUCUACAUUAAACGUUUUAGGGGUCACGGGAGGUACAUGGCCUUAGACAACGUCUGAUUCACCUUGGAAAGUAGGCAAGAGAAGAUGAAAAGAUGGACAGUUCUGGCACGCCAGCGACCUGCCUCCAGACGAAAUAACCCACACUUUUAAGAUGCUGUAUCAUAAAGACGUUCCGUGGAGGGUCUAAGCUGUCUUGAACUUUGCACACUCCUAUGAAAUUCUGUGAUAAUUUUUUUUUCCAGUAAGUUGAUUUCCUGGCAACUGUUUCAUUUUUCACUCUCAGUAACUCAUCACUGGUGGUACUUUUCUUGAAGAAUAACCUAAUAUUUUUUAUGUUUUAACAUUGGACAGUUUUUAGACGAUUGUCAUGAUAUGUCAGAAGUUAAAAAAAGGUGAAAGGUGUAGCUACUAGGUGACAUGGGGGGAUAAAUUAAUAUUAAAGUAAUCCAAUAUCGCACUUUCGAUGAUUUUUAUAUUAAAGUUUAAUGUACAUUUCAUUCAAAAUAAUAAAUACUCAUUGCUGCUGAAACUUCUUAAA